AGCCAGCUCUUCUGGCCCUUUCCAUGCUUUCCAUUCAUGUGUAGUUCCACUUGCACGUAUUUGUGUUGGUCGUUGGUGCCGUUAUUGAAUACGUGUGCCUGUGGCAUUCUUUCCGAAAUGAUGCCGAACAAGUGUUGCGUGCGAGGGUGUUUCGGCAACUAUGACGGAAGAAGAAAAGUGCAAGUGUUUUCUUUUCCGAAAGAAGAAAACCUGCGGCGCGAGUGGAUAGACGCGAUUCGAAUUCGAAGGAAGAAUUUCGUGCCCACUGAAUACACGAAGGUGUGUGCGGAUCAUUUUGACCCGUCCUGCUUGGAGCGGAAAACAUCGUACACAGACCCAAGAACGGGGAACGUGCUCGAAGCGGCAUUACCAGUGCCGCGCCUGCGCUCCGGUUCCGUGCCGACAAUAUUUCCUGCGUGCCCGUCGUAUCUUUCGGAUCCAGGAAAUGACACAACAGAAACCCCGGCAGCAAGGAGGAUUCGACGAGAAGCCGCGCAGUGCGCUGAUGUACUCAAAAGAAGUUGCUUCGUGGCCCUAGAUAGCAAGGCCAAAGGAAGUGAGCAGUCGGUGCAGAGAAUCCAACAGCCAGCAUCAGGCACGUCAUCAGCUCCUAACUCGCAAGAAGUUCAGAAUCAGGACCAUAAGGUGCAGUCCGAACAGACUUGUCAAGCGAUCUGCUCCUGGACCGUUGUGUGUGACAAAGGUGCAGACCAAGUCCCGAACAGCGCCUUGGAAACAUGCAUUGAGGAUGAUGAAAUUGCGUUGCGCACCCCAAGUCCACCGCCGGCUUCUUUGGCAAUAGGUGCAGGCCAAGUCCCAAACAGCGCCUUGGAAACAUGCAUUGAGGAUGAUGAAAUUGCAUUGCGCACCCCAAGUCCACCGCCGGCUUCUUUGGCAAUAGGUGCAUACCCCGCGGGUGUGUGCAUACACCACAGCCACGGCGGGCGCAGGUGCAAUCAUCGCAGGCCACGGGUGAGGGCCAGACGGUUGAAGAAGCAGUCCUGCGCUGUGAUUGGAUGCAGCAACACGCAGUCGAAGCGCAGGCGUCUAAUGGCGGGACUGUGUCGCGAGCAUAAGGGGCCCAGGCGCAAGUGCAAGUGCGGUGUCUUCAACUUUCACCACCCUCCGCCCCUGUGGGAGCACCACCAUGACUGGAAGGUGGCGCUGUCCCUACCUGAUAAUCAAAUCAACACCAACAUGUGGGUGUGCUCUGUGCACUUCGUUGACGGCAAGCCAACAUCUGCAAAUCCAAUACCAACGCUACGCAUUGGUCACAUUAAUCAGGGUGUGCAAACAGCCCAGCUGGUACGGAAUUCGUCGGACAGCUGGACCUGGAAAAAAAAUGUUUCCACGCAGAGGUCCGGCCCUACAAUGUGCACAGCCAUGUGCCAGGCCGGUGAACAGACUGCCGAAUUCUUUAGGGACAAUGCCACUCAGUGGGAAAGGCCGUACGAGGAAGUGCAUGCGGAACACUCGUACGCCGACAUGAAGUGGUUGCUGGAAUAUACGUCGCUGAAGUGGUUGUUGAGAGGCGAACAGGCUGAUUCAGAAUAGUGAAUUGUCGGUCUCGUUGGUUCAACAUCUCGCAAAAAGGAAAUGCAUAAACAGUGAAAGGGACUGCACUGACUACACUUGGUUAGAAGGUAAGAAAAAAUACCAGCUCUGCCCACAGAAUCACCGGUGCCUGCCCUUCACCUGUGAAGGACUGUCAUGCUAGCUGGUUUCUGCUCAAACCGUAAAUACACUGAAACCUCGAUAUAACGAACACGGAUAUAACGGAAUAUCGGUUAUAACGAAGUAAGUGAAAAAUAGUCUUGGAAUACACACAGUGUUAGGAAUACACGUUUAUUACGAAUUUUCAGAUAUAACGAAGUUAUUUUUGUGCAAUAUGUAACUUCAUUAUAAUGAGGUUUGAGUGUAUUUUUUCUGGGCUAAUAUAAAUGCCACGCAUAUUAAGAGUUAAAGGUUUUGUCUUCACUGCUUAAAACAUUACAUUGGGAUGGCCAGCGAUGUCAAAAUUCCUGAUGAUUGACCAGGAUGUUCAAGUUUCCGACCUGAAACCAGCAACACAAACGUGUGUCUCUGUGGGAAAGUCAACAAUCUGAAACACUGGAGAAGUGCUUGACAUUAUUAAUGGAGUAUGUGCUAUUGGAUGGAGCAUUUAUGCAAAUUCUCUGUGGAAGGGAAAGUGAUGGCUGUGGGUGGAGCUAACAUUUUUUCUUAAGUUUUAAGUGACUGUAGUCUCAUACUUCAGGACUGCUUCGGCGCUCCCUUUUGCAAGGUGCUAAACCAGUGUGCCUGCCCUGAUGGGUACGCUGCCAAUGUGAAUAUGUGCUAAAUGUAUUUACUUGAUGUAAUUAUAGAUCACUACAUUUUUCAAGUAAAACACGAGCUUAUAUGCACUCGAGUUUCAUUACAGCAAAGUUUCAUCCAUCAUGAAAAUAUCCUCAUUAUAUUUAAAGUUCGUCAUAAGCAUACAUAAUCAUUACAUGUGAGAAACAUUUUUCUACUUUGUCAAGGAACAUGGACAUGCUACUUCAUUCCAUCCGUGUUUGUUAUAUCAAAGUUUCACUGUGCUGUGUGCAGUCUUCACUGCAGUGGUUGACACUUAAUGAAAUGUAUGCUGUGAUCAUGGCAGGAACAACCUUUAUACCUAAUGGCCAAUGGCCAAGCUGCGGUUGCAGAUGUUGGCUUGAUCUGUACCGUAAAUAUUCUUGAGGGCACAGCGCACUUCGAUUGAAGUGCUUCCACGGGACCUUGCACCAACAUUAGUCCCAACCACCGUGAGUUGCACAUUUACCGUUGCAUGCAUGUCUGCAGCACUGAGUGUAUCAACAGUAAGAACACAUCGGCACAGGUCAGGUUGUUACGCAUUAGACACUUUGAUAGCUGCGAAAGAGAGAGUGCAGCUGACAGAGGAAGAGUGAUUUACUGACUGUGAUCUUUAAGAGCAGAUUGCUUUUCAUCUGCUCUUAAUAAUGAAUAGUAAUGAUCUUUAAAUAUGGAAGCUGCUCGGUUCUUUCAGGGAAAUCAUUAGUACCGCGGCCGUAGCCAUGCACAAGGUUCGCCAUUGGGGGGAGGGGGGCAAGUUUUGCCACAGCCCGACCCCCCCCCUCCUCGUUCGUCGAGUAUGAAAGAAAAUAAGCAACAUGGAUGCAAACAUGAAAAUUAAGCAAUGACAUGCUUGUCACAAUGGCCGGCCUUUGGUCCUCGGCUUUCAAAGGGUAAGGGUAAGAAGUAAACUGUUCUCGAAACGCUACAUCAAGGUGGUUGCAGGCAUGCCAUAUCGGAGGGUUCCAGAAAGUUUGAUCACCUGGGGUUAUAGAGCAUGUAUUUAAACCUAAAUACUUGGGUAUCAAGCGUUUUGCCUCCAUCAAAGUGUUGCUGCCGCGGCUGGGAUUGAACCCGUGACUUUCAGGUCAGCAGCCAAGCACCGUAACCAUGUGUACCACCUUGGCGGCUAAUUCUGAUUUUCUAAACUCAGCGCUUCUACUCUGUUCAUUUUUUCUUAUUUAUACAAACUUGCAGGCCUUAUAUUAAAAUAGCUGCUUCCUACAGUCACUACAACUUGACUCUGUUUUAAACACAAUAAACGUCACUGAAAUUGGUCGAGCAGUUUUCUCUUGAAAGCUUGUCUACGUUCUACACAAAGGUGUAGCCAGCUGUGGGUGGGUACAACUCCCCCCCUUCUCUCCCUAAAAUUUUCAGUUUGUAUGUCUACAUGUGCAUACGCAUGGAUAUAAAAAGGAACCGUGCCCACCCCUCUCGCCUUUGAAGUCCUGGCUACACUCCUGGUUCUGCAUGUUCUUAAAUAAGCUUCUUUGCUGAGCGUAGUACCUGGUGUGCAACUACUGUGUACAUUCUGCUGUUCCUCAACUGAAGAUGCCGACCUGUUGUGCAGUCCUUGUGCGUGUAUGUAUGUGUACAUAGCUUUUGAGUGAAUUGUUCCUUUUUGUUCAUUUCAUGUUUGUUAGAUAUGUUUAAUAAACUGAUAAG